GUUUGUGCCACAACAGUUGGAGCUGCAGAUAGCGGAUGGGGGGCUCGCCGGCCAUGAGCCCGCGAGCCCCGAUCACAAUCCGAAGAAGCACGCUGAGGGCGUGUUGCACGAUGUGCACCAGAUGUACCUGCAAAAGUAUGGUGCAGCUUCGGAGGCAGGGCUCUGUCACUUAGAGCAGCAGUUGCGCAAGCGGGCCACCAGUGAGAGUGAGGAGUCCCUCGAGAAUUUGCUGACUGAAGUCAAGGAGCAACGAGUGACAGCGCCACGAUGCGCCACGUUUGUCAAUUUCCUGCUGCUCUGCAAGGAUCUGUACCAGCAAAAGUACGGCUUCCCUGUAGACCAAGCGCAAGAAGACCUGCAGGACGUUGGUGCACAUACUCCACUUGAAGAUUCUGACUAUUGUAGGAACAUCCUGCAGCAGUUCAUGAGCUUGUCAUCUUUGGAUAAGGAGAACGCAACAGAUCGCGACGGACUUGUCUGGAACGUCAUUCAUGGGACGGGAGCACCAAAAGACUGCCGCGUAGCUCGUUUGGAGCAGAAGCUAGCCCAAGUCAAGCAGCUGUACGAGCUCAAGUACGGUGCGGACGUCGAGUCGGAUGACGAAGAUGUCCAGUUCGACCAAGAUGGCACUCCAUGGAUCGAGACUCGUGGCACCGGAAGCCCACAAGACAUGCGUCUAGAGAGGCUUGAGCAGAUGCUUGCAGACGUGAAGGGCCUGUAUGCCGCCAAGUAUGGUCGAGAUGUUGACAUCGAGCACGAUGCAGAUGGCACGCCCUGGACGGUCACGGAAGGCACUGGAGUUCCACGUGACUGCCGUCAGCUGUACGAGCUCAAGUACGGUGCGGAGAUCGAAUCGGAUGACGAAGACGUCCAGUUCGACCAAGAUGGCACUCCAUGGAUCGAGACUCGUGGCACCGGAAGCCCACGAGACAUGCGCCUAGAGAGGCUUGAGCAGAUGCUUGGAGACGUGAAGGGCCUGUAUGCUGCCAAGUAUGGUCGAGAUGUUGACAUCGAGCACGAUUCUGGCCUUCACAACGUGGAGGGUGACUUCAUGUACGAUGCUGACGGCACACUCUGGAUCAGGAGCAUCACGACAGGUGGGCAAAUUCUAUGUUGA